AUGGGAGAGGUAGUGGCUGCUAUUUCAGCUGGUAUAUUGGGUACCAUGUAUGCGGAUGCCCGGACGCACUUUAGCAAGGAUUUCUUUCAGCUGCGUACCGCUAUUGGAGCAUUGAUCAAGCUAAAAUUGGCAAUUCGGCGACAACGUGCUCAUAUGUAUUAUCGAUUCCAAGAGAAAGCAAAUGCGACACCUGAUCGCGUAUUUCUGAUCUUUGAAGACAAGACUUAUACGUAUCGACAACUUGAACAAGAGUUUGCCCAAUACUUGAAUGUUGCACAUUGGCUCCUUUCUCAAAAUGUCAAGCCCAAAGAUGUCGUGUGUAUGAUGCACCAGAACCAUCCUUCAUUUGUGGUGGCAUUCCUCGCGAUCAGCAAAAUCGGUGCAGUGCCAGCUUUGAUCAACCACAACCUAAGCGACCAACCACUUCUCCAUUGUCUACGAGUGACAGACUCAAAGCUCUUUUUGUUUGAUCCGGUGUAUGCGCAACAAGUGGCUACUGUGGCAGAUCAAGCGCGUUCGUCUAGUAUGGCCUUGUAUGGAUAUGGUGAGGGCUACACGAACGAUUUCCCUAUGGUGACGGAAGAGGUGCUUGCCAACUUCAGCAAAGAACAACCUGAUGACACUUGCUUGCAUAAUGUGGAAGCCGAUGAUCCUGCUAUACUGAUUUAUACAAGUGGUACAACUGGAUUGCCCAAGGCUGCUGUCACUCCUCAUUAUCGAGCAGAAGCUGUCGCCUGGGUAACGUCUUCCCAACAAAGCCUUUCAGCCAACGACACCACUUACUUGUGCUUGCCUCUUUAUCACAGUACUGGAUUACUCACAACGCUUAUCGGCACACUUCUUGUUGGUGGUAAAGUUGUGCUGGCUCGCAAGUUCUCUGCUUCAAGGUUCUGGGAUGAUAUUUGUAAAUACAAUGUCACCGUGUUUCAUUACGUUGGCGAGCUCUGCCGUUAUCUUGUCAAUCAACCUACACAUCCUCUUGAGCGGAAGCACAACCUUCGACUGAUCUUUGGUAAUGGUAUGCGACCUGAUGUCUGGAAACCUAUUCGAGAAAGGUUUGGUAUCCAGGAAAUUGUCGAGUUUUAUGGCGCAUCAGAAGGAACGGGUGGAUUUUUCAAUCGAUCACGGGGAGAAUUGGGUGCAGGCGCCAUUGGACAGCAAGGAACACUGCUCAAUAUUUUGAAUCGAGAUUGGUCAAUUGUCAAAGUUGACCCUGUCACAGAGGAACCAGAACGUGAUCGGAAUGGAUUUUGUAUUGAAUGCAAGCCUGGUGAGCCUGGUGAAUUGUUACGUCGCAUCAACCAUCGACCAACCAUGCCUUUUGUGGGGUACUACAAUAACAAGAAGGCAACCGAAAAGAAGAUCGCUCGCAACGUGUUUACCAAAGGAGAUGAGUACUUUCGAUCAGGUGAUCUUAUACGCUAUGAGCCCACUGGUUUCAUUUAUUUCAAUGAUCGUUUGGGUGAUACGUUCCGCUGGCACAGUGAGAAUGUAGCAACCACCGAAGUAGCCCAUGUUGUAGGCCAAUAUUCAGGUAUUGCUGAAGCCAACGUUUAUGGUACUUUGGUGCCAAAUCAUGAAGGAAGAGCAGGGAUGGCUGCCAUUGUGUUGAAACCAGAAGUCAAGGAGCUCGAUAUGGAUGACUUUUACAAGUACUUGGCGAAGCGGCUCGCAAAAUACGCAAUUCCUGUUUUCAUUCGCAUCUUGCCCGAAAUGUCUGCCACUGGCACCUUCAAACAGCAAAAGCACGAGUUGCGUGAACAAGGCAUCGACAAAGUUCCUAAUGAUCAACCACUUUUCUGGCUAUGUGGCAAUACGUAUGUUCCAUUUGGCAAAGAGGAUCUAGCAUCAGUCCAACAAGGAAAAGCCAGGCUGUAA